GGCCGUCCAUCCACUUGAACCCCACCCUUUUCCCAUCUCCAUUUCCACCACCACCUCCUGCUCCCUCUCCGCCGCCGCCGCCAUGGCGUCCUCCACCGUGGCAUCGCCACUCACCUGCCACCACCUCGGCCUCCGCCCCCGCCCCGGCCCCCGCCUCCCCUCCCUCUCUUUCUCCCUCCGCGGUCGCUCCUCCUCCAAACCCAUCUCCCUCUCCCACUCCCUCCCCUCCAAGCCCCUGAGCUUAGACCCCACCGCCACCUCCCGCCGCGUCCUACCUCCCGUCUCCGCCUCCACCUCCGCGGCGGCACCCGCGCCAGCCGCGCCGCCGCCAAAGCCGGCGCUGCAGGGCGCGGUCAUCAAGCCGCUGCUGGCCACCAUCGCGACGGGCGUCCUCAUCUGGCUCGUCCCCGCGCCCUCCGGCGUGCCCCGCAACGCGUGGCAGCUGCUGGCCAUCUUCCUCUCCACCAUCGUCGGCAUCAUCACGCAGCCGCUCCCGCUCGGCGCCGUCGCGCUCCUCGGCCUCGGCGCCGCCGUGCUCACCCGCACGCUCACCUUCGCCGCCGCCUUCUCUGCCUUCGGGGACCCCAUCCCCUGGCUCAUCGCGCUCGCCUUCUUCUUCGCCCGCGGCUUCAUCAAGACCGGGCUCGGCAGCCGCGUCGCCUACGCCUUCGUCUCCGCCUUCGGCGGAUCCUCCCUUGGCCUCGGCUACGCGCUCGUCUUCUCCGAGGCGCUCCUGGCCCCCGCCAUCCCCUCCGUCUCCGCCCGCGCUGGCGGCAUCUUCCUCCCGCUCGUCAAGUCGCUCUGCGAGGCCUGCGGGUCGCGCACCGGGGACGGCACCGAGCGGAGGCUCGGCUCGUGGCUCAUGCUCACAUGCUUCCAAACCUCCGUGAUCUCGUCGGCCAUGUUCCUCACCGGGAUGGCGGCGAACCCGCUCGCCGCCAACCUCACGGCGGCCACAAUCGGGCAAGGGAUCGGGUGGACGCUGUGGGCGAAGGCCGCCAUUGUGCCGGGACUGCUGUCGCUGGUGCUUGUGCCGCUCAUACUAUACGUGAUCUACCCGCCGGAGGUGAAGACCAGCCCCGAUGCACCACGCCUGGCGAAGGAGCGGCUCGCGAAGAUGGGUCCCAUGAGCAUGGAGGAGAAGAUCAUGGCCGGCACGCUUCUGCUUACGGUUGGUCUUUGGGUCUUUGGAGGAAUGCUGAAUGUGGAUGCAGUUUCUGCAGCAAUUCUUGGCCUCUCUGUCCUGCUAAUCUCAGGAGUUGUCACAUGGAAAGAGUGUUUGGCGGAGUCUGUGGCAUGGGAUACCCUUACAUGGUUUGCUGCACUUAUUGCAAUGGCUGGCUACCUGAACAAAUAUGGGUUGAUCUCUUGGUUCAGUGAGACUGUUGUGAAGUUCGUUGGAGGCCUUGGUUUGUCAUGGCAACUCUCGUUCGGCGUCUUGGUGCUCCUGUACUUCUACUCCCAUUAUUUCUUUGCCAGUGGUGCCGCACACAUUGGAGCGAUGUUUACUGCGUUCCUGUCAGUGGCGAGUGCCUUGGGCACCCCUCCGCUCUUUGCUGCCAUGGUUCUCUCCUUCCUGUCGAACAUCAUGGGUGGCCUCACCCACUAUGGCAUAGGGUCUGCUCCAAUCUUCUACGGCGCGGGGUAUGUUCCCUUGGCUCAGUGGUGGGGCUACGGGUUCGUUAUUUCUGUCGUGAACAUCAUCAUCUGGCUUGGCGCGGGAGGCUUCUGGUGGAAGAUGAUUGGCCUGUGGUGAGCAGCACAGUAAAUGCGAAAUUCAUUCGUUGGUACAAGCCAAGGAAAACUAUUCCAAAUUUACAGUGGCACAGGUUCUGCUGUACACAAUUUUGUCGUCGACAUGAUUGCAACCCUUUCUUGUUAUUGAUACAUUUGUUUUGUACUUUCGGCAGCUAAUUGCGAUGCCAGGGUACAGUUUUACUGGCAAGUUAUUAUAUCGAGUUAUGCUCAAUGGAUCUUGGAGAUCAUUCUCUA